CGGAGUGGAGCGCGCACCGGGCGCCGGACGGGCGGCCCUACUACUACAACGCGGGCAAGGGCGAGAGCGUGUGGGAGAAGCCCCAGCCCAUGAAGGAGCUGGAAGAGUUACAAGCCAAAAUAGCUGAGGAGAAGGGAGAAAAACCAGAGAAAGACAAAAUGGACAUUGACGGGAAAGUUGAAGUUCUCCCAGUGAUCGACGUGGAAGCGCACGCGGAGGCGGUGGCCGCGGCCGAGGCGGAGCGAGUCCGUCUACAGCAAGAGCGCGACAUAGCCGACCGCGAGGCGGCCGAGCGCGAGGCAGCCGAGCAGGAGAAGAAAGAGAAAGAGGAGAAGGAAAAGGAGAAGGCGAAGAGGAAGAACAAGCCGAUCUCGAUUAUGCCUAUUUCUGGGACGCCCUGGUGCUUGGUGUGGUCGGGCGACGGUCGCGUGUUCUUCUACAACCCGACGGCGCACACGUCGUUCUGGGAGCGGCCCGAGCAGCUCGUGGGCCGCGCCGACGUGGACCGCGCCAUGGCCUGCCCGCCCGCCGCCGUCACGCAGUAUUUCCAACGCAAGGAGGCGACAGCGACGCCGACGGCGACGAAGCCCGCCAACGGCGACCUCAAGCGCUCCGCCGACUCCUCCAGCGAGGACUCCGACGCCGAGCCCGCCAAGAAGGCCAAGCCUGAGGAAGCGGCGUCGAAGAAGCCGGCGUCGACGACGUCCUCGUCGCUGAUCGACGCGGGCAAGGAGGCGCGCAUCGAGGCGGAGGCGCGCGCGGCGCGGCAGCGCGCGCUCGUGCCGCUCGAGCAGCGCGUGCGCGUGUUCCGGCAGAUGCUGCAGGAGCGGGACGUGUCCGCCUUCAGCACCUGGGAGAAGGAGCUCAAGAAGAUCGUGUGCGACUGCCGGUACCUGCUGCUCACCUCCGAGGAGCGCAAGCAGGUGUACAACAAGUACGUGCGCGAGCGCGCCGAGGAGGAGCGCAAGGAGAAGAAGAACAAGCUGCAGCAGAAGAAGAACGCCUUCAAACAGCUCAUGGAGGAGGCCAAGCUGCACUCCAAAUCGUCGUUCAACGAGUUCUCGAGCAAGCACGGGCGCGACGAGCGCUUCAAGGGCAUCGACAAGCCGCGCGACCGCCUCGCCUACUUCACCGAGCACGUCGCCGAGCUGCGCAAGCGCGACAAGGACGACAAGGAGCGCCGGCGCGAGCAGGCUAAAACAGACUUCAUAGCGUUGCUGAAGGAGAAGGCCAUCGACCGGCAUGCGCGCUGGGCCGACGCCAAGAAGAAGGUCGACAGUGAGGCGCGGUACAAGGCGGUAGAGAGCAGUACCCUCAGAGAAGACUACUUUAGAGAGUACUGCAAGAUUGUGAAAGAGGAGAGGAAGAAGGAUAAAGACCAGAAGGAGAAAGAGCGAGACCGCAGCAGCAGCAAGAAGGAGAAGAAAGACAAGGAGCGAGACAAGGACAAGGAUAAAGAGAAGGACAAGGACGACAAGCGAGACAAGGACGGCAAGAAGGAGAAGAAAAAGGAGAAGGGUAGCGAGCCGGAGGCAGCGACGGGGUCCGAGGCGGAGGCGGAGGCGGACGCGGACGCGGAGGCGGGGGCGGGCAGCGACGCGGAGUCGGAGGCGGCGCGCGAGCGGGCGGCGCGCGCGCAGGCGUCCAUCAAGGAGCGAGAGAGAGAGGUGCAGCGCGCGCUCGCCACCAGCCUGCGAGACAGGGACAAGGAGAGGGAGUAUCAUAAGAGGGACGAGGCGGUGCAGCACUUCAACGCGCUGCUGGCGGACCUGGUCCGCAACCCCGACCUGGCGUGGCGCGAGGCCAAGAAGCAGUUGAAGAAGGACCACCGCUACGCCGCCGCCGACCUGCUCACCAAAGAAGACAAGGAGCGCCUAUUCGCUUCGCACACUAGCACGCUGGCGACGCGACGGCGCGACAAGCUGCGCGCGCUGCUCACGGAGCUGGGCGUGGCGCCCACCGCGCACUGGCGCGACGUGCGCGCGCGCCUGCGCGCCGAGCCCACCGCGCCCGUCUACACCAGCGCGGACAAGAUGGAGCGCGAGUUCCGCGACUUCCAGCGCGACAGACAGAGCGCGGCCAAGACUGCCUUGCGCCAGUUACUGCAGGAGACCAGAUCCAUCACACACAAGACGCUGGCCAGCAUGAAGGAUGUUGCUGGAGGCGAGCAGCUGCAGCCUGUGCACGACAUGCUCAAACACGACGCCAGGUACCUAGCGCUGGAUCACAUGGCGGAGGAGCGCGCGAGCAUCGUGCAGCAGUACGUGACGGAGCUCGCGCACAAGGGCCCGCCGCCGCCGCCCACCGCCACCGAGCCGCAGCGCCGCUCCAAGCAGUGAC